AUGUCAACAUCAGAACCACAAGAGGUUGCAUUUGCUCAGACACUGUGGUUGAUUAGCAAUUAUGCCAUUCUCUCUGCAAACACAAUGUGGCUCAUGGACUUCUUAUACACCUUGCCCAUGGAAUGGAGGGCAAUUUGGUCAAAGAAUCUAAUGGGAACAUCUAUACUAUUCCUGCUUAACAGAUAUUUAUUUUUUGGCUACAUGAUUAGUGUAUUUAUAGAGAACUUCGACUUGUCAGGUGUAUUAAGUUGUAACUUGAUCUUCCAAAUGCAACAAGCAUUUCAAAUAGCCUCCAUUCAAAUCACCAAUAUCCUCUUCACAUUGAGAGUAUAUGCAAUCUCUGGACAAAAGAAGACUGAUGCCUCAUUGGCCACAGGACUAUCCACAAAGGGAUCCAUCUAUGAAUCAUUGUCACCAUGUGGGUUGUCAAUUCCUGAUGCUAAACUAGAUGCUAUACACAUACAGUCAUGGCAAAGAGAUGCACCGACUGGGACAGCUAAGUAUUGUGCAACUUCUUCUUCGAGAUGGUACAAAGAUCUUGAAUAUCAUAUUUCAGCUAACAAAGCACAUCUAUACCAGCUUUCACCUACAAACUCUGUGUUUCAGGGCCUCAUGGGGCCUUACUUCACAGCGCAAGCAACUUUUGAUUAUGGGAAAGGAGAAGAAAUAUUCAAUGCUGACAAUAAUCAACCUCUUAGUCUACCAAAUUUACUCAUUACCCGACUGGUCCUCAACCUCCGCCUCUUUGACCAGGCACCAAAUGCACCAUCCUCAGGACACCUCCCAGACUUAGACUUUGUUCAAAACCGGAUCCUUGGCAAUAUUGGGGCUCCAUUGGACCAUAGUCAAUGGGACAGCCUCAUGGAUGAAGGAGUUGAGGGAGAGCAGGAUGUAGAGCAGUAUGAUAUAGGGAAUAGAACUGAAAAUGAGGUCAAUACUAUGGUUCCGGUGAUUUAUGGGGAAGAAAGUGAAGCAAUCCAGAUGGUGGCAAUCACAAGGGAUGUUUAA